AUGAAGGAGGACGACCAAAACCCUAAGAACUCAAGGACUCCACACCCAAAACCGAGAAGAUCUCCAGAAAGCACCAAGUAUUCCAAAAACCUCGGCAGAGAUCAAAAUCGAACGAGGAGGAGAAUAUAUUUAGUGCGAAGGAGACAGAAAGGAAAGGGGAAAAAGAGCAACCAAACAGAGACCACACAGAAAAUGGAGAAAAGUUAUCUGAGGAGGAAAUUCAGGGAACAACCGUCUGAAAAAAACACAGGCGAAGAGACGAAGGAACGGGAAACCAUGACGGGCACCCGGGCACCAAAAACGCGCACUCAAGUCAGAAGUCAACUCAGGAACAGUUACGCACGGAACCGGAAUUUAGGAAGGAGAAACCCGAUCGAAAAGACGGAACCCUGGUACCCAGUCAAAGCAGGGUCCCAGAGCUAUCCCACAAAGUGGAAAGAGGGACAGCAGGGAACUAAGAGAGUGGACCUACAUUAG